AUGUGGUUCUCCUCGAGGAGCGGUUCGCUCCUCUUUGCCGCAAUGGCGACAUUGCUGGCGCCAGUCUCUGCCGAGAACAUGCUCGUGUCCACAUCCCUCAACACUUGUCAGGAAAACUCGGGUCUCCAGGCCAGUUUCUUCAACGUCGUCUUCACCCCGAACAACAAUUCAGCCGCCAUCCAACUGGUCGCCACAUCUUCCGUUCAGGGCUACGUCAUGUUCGACAUUGAGGCCUCAGCCUAUGGAUACACGUUCCUCAAGACCCAGCUUGACCCGUGCAAGAUCAAGCUCGCCGGCAUGUGUCCCAUGACAGCGGCCGCCAAGUUCAACAUUCCCUUCAACAUCCCCGUCAGCGCCUCCGCAGCCUCGCAGAUCCCCUCCAUCGCCUACUCCGUUCCCGAUCUGGAUGCCAGCGUCCGCGUGCGUAUCAAUCUCACGAGCACCGGAGAGAGUAUUGCCUGCGUCCAGGCCGACAUCUCCAACGGCAAGACGGUCAACUUGGUGGGUGUCAAAUGGGCUACGGCCAUUAUUGCUGGUAUCGCUUUGGUUUCCUCUGCUGUCUUCAACGGUCUCGGUCACUCCAACACGGCUGCUCACGUCGCCGCCCUCUCGCUGUCCCUGUUUGGCUACUUCCAAGCCCAGGCCAUGAUCGGCUUGACCGGCGUCGGGCUGCCUCCCAUUGUCCAGGCUUGGACCCAGAACUUCCAGUGGUCCAUGGGUAUUAUCCACGUUGGCUUCAUGCAGACCAUCUUCACCUGGUAUCAGCGAGCCACCGGUGGCACGCCCGCCUCCCUCUUCAGCUCCCUGGGAUCUGUGUCAGUUACUGUUGAAAAGCGUGGCCUGGAUGCCGGCUUGGAUGCCGGCCUUGAGGCGGGCAAGGCUCUCGCCAAGCGCAGUCUUGCCCUGAUGCCCAGGGCUGCUGCCGACAUCGUGCGACGAAGCGGUAACAUUUUGUCUCCGGCUGGCGGCUAUGUCGUGUACGGAAUCCAGCGUGUGGCCUUCUCCGCCAAGAUCGAAACCACCAACCUCUUCAUCACGGGCUUGACCUUUUUCUGGCUGUUUGCCAUCUUCACCAUGCUGGGCGUCACUCUGUUUAAGGGCAUCUGCGAAGGCCUUGUCAAGCAGGGCGUGAUGAAAUCGGACCGGUUCCUCGAGUUCCGUAACGGAUGGCGCACCGUUCUCAAGGGCAUUCUCUACCGUAUUGCCCUCAUCGGUCUGCCCCAGCUCUCCAUCCUGUGUUUCUGGGAGUUUACGCAGGCCGAUUCCGCCGCCGAGAUCGUGCUUGCCGUCUUUUAUUUCUUUUGUCCACUGAUUGCGCUCUGCUGGGGUGCUAGCAAGGUGAUUCAGAUCGCCCGCCGGUCCAUUGACAUGCAUGGAAACCCAGCCUACAUCCUCUUCUCCGACCCUCAGGCUCUGAACAAAUGGGGCUUCCUCUAUGUGCAAUUCCGUGCCUCUGCAUACUACUUCAUCGGGCCCAUCUUGGUCUACACGCUCAUCAAGGCCAUGUUUGUGGCCUUUGCGCAAAAGACCAGCGUCGCCCAGGCUAUAGGCUUCAUCAUCCUCGAGGUCGGCAUGCUUAUUGCGACGUCGGUGCUGCGCCCGUGGAUGGACAAGAAGACGAACUCGUUCAACAUCGCCAUUUACGUCAUUAACUUCUUGAACUCCAUCUUCUUGCUCAUCUUCACCAACGUCUUUGGCGCGCCCCUCCUGGCCAUUGGUGUUGUGGGUGUCAUCUUGUUUGUUCUUAACGCCAUCUUCUCGCUGGUCCUCUUGCUCAUGGUGAUCGCCUCAACCGUCUAUUCUAUCGUCCGCAAGAACCCCGAUGCCCGAUACCAGUUCAUGGCAGAUGACCGAGCAUCCUUCAUGAAGUCGCAAACCCAGCUGAACAACAAUGCCGCCACCGAGCUGGACGCAUUGGCGGUUACCGCCAGAGGCGACAAGGCCGGCUACAAGCUCGGCGACGACGAGGAGUCCUCCAUCACGUCCAACGAGCAGCGCCAUCCUGCGGACGCCACGAGCAGCAUGACCUAUGCUCCUCAGUCCAUGAACCCCCAGGCUGGAUUCUACCAACCGGCGCGCUCAGUAUCGCCGGUCAACCCGUCUGUGCCGCUCUUCCCGGCCAAUGACCAGCAGUCUCACUCGUCAUAUGGCCAGGCACCGCCAUCACCGUCCGGAAUGAGACAUAGUCCAUCGUUUGGUAGCAACAGCAAUACAAGCCCAGGCGGCUACCGAUCACAAAACAACGCAAGCCCCUGGCAGCGUGGUGCUGGUUACGACUAA